AUGGGCGCCAGCCGGAAGCUACAGGGCGAGAUCGACCGCGUCCUCAAGAAGGUCCAGGAGGGCGUCGACGUCUUCGACAGCAUCUGGAACAAGGUCUACGACACUGAGAAUGCCAACCAGAAGGAGAAGUUCGAGGCGGACCUCAAGAAGGAGAUCAAGAAGCUGCAGCGGUACAGGGACCAGAUCAAGACGUGGAUCCAGUCCAGCGAGAUCAAGGACAAGAAGGCUCUGAUGGAUGCCCGAAAGCAGAUUGAACGAGAGAUGGAACGAUUUAAAGUUUGUGAGAAGGAAACAAAAACUAAGGCCUUCUCAAAAGAAGGGUUAGGUCAGCAACCAAAAACAGAUCCCAAAGAAAAGGCCAAAGCUGAAACAAGAGACUGGCUUAAUAAUGUGGUUUGUGAUUUGGAAAACCAGAUUGAUAACUUUGAAGCAGAGGUUGAAGGGCUUUCAAUUAAAAAGGGAAAGCAAAGACCGCCUCGACUGGUACAUUUAGAGAAGUCUAUUACGAGACAUAAAGCUCAUAUAAAGAAAUUGGAGUCAAUCUUGAGACUUUUGGAUAAUGAUGAGUUGAGUCCUGAGCAAGUCAAUGAUGUUAAAGAUUUCCUUGAUGACUAUGUUGAACGUAAUCAGGAAGACUUUGAUGAAUUCAGUGAUGUUGAGGACCUCUAUAGCACAUUGCCUAUGGAGAAGGUUGAAGCACUUGAAGACAUGGUUUCACUUGCUCCUUCUAGUCUUGUGAAGGGUGUUGCUUCUGUUUCGACCACUGCAGUGUUGAGCACAAAGAGUUCAGUUGCAACUUCACCUACUCAGCCUACAGUAUCAACAACUCCUUCACAAAGUACAUCACAAGAUCAAACAGAGGAGACAGCUUCACAAGAAAGCAAUCCUGAAUCUGCGCCACAAACACCACCUCCAAAAGGUGGAAAUCCUGGACCUUCAGUACCAGCUGUGCCCAUUGCUGUCAGUACUGGUAGUGCAGCUGUUUCUGUACCUGCAGAAACAAUUAGUUCCCCUGUGCGACCAACUGUUCCCACCACAGCGGCUGCAAUACUUUCUUCUGCUAUUCCACGAAGUGCUCCUGAGAAUACGCCUGCUGUUAUCUCAAUUCCUGCAAACUUAUCUACCACCUUGAAGGAUGAUGAAAGCAUGAGUUUUCCUCCACGGCGACCAUCUCCUGCUAUUACUGAAAUUGGAAUUGGCAGGGGCAUAGCUCGAGGAAUAACUAGUAGUCAGGCAUUAGGUACAGCUCCCAUAACUAUUGGUCCAGUCCCAGGAAAUGGAUCGCAGUUGGUUACGCCUCUUGGCAGUAAAGUUCAACCCCAGCAGGUUCCCAGGACUAAUGAUGCAAUUAGCUCUGAUUCUGCUAACCCAAAUGAAAACCCUAUUCUUGGUGGAAGUGUAUUUUCUCCUCCAGUUGUUUCUGGGGUUCAAUGGAGACCUCAAGCUGCUGCUACAUUUCAAAAUCAAAGUGAAACUAGUCAAUUUCGUGGAAGGCCUGAGAUUUCUGCUGAUCACAGGGAGAAGUACAUACAAAGACUGCAGCAAGUACAGCAGCAAGGUGGCAGCCUUCUGAAUAUUUCUCAUAUAACUGGCAUAAAUCAGAAGCAAUUUCCAACACAGCAGCCAAAUCCCCUUCUACAACAGUUCAAUUCACAGAGUUCCUCUAUAUCUUCCCAAGUGAAUCUUGGGCUUGGAGUUCAAGGAUCAGAUGCUGGGCAUAUAAAAAGUGAACAACAACAACAAAUUUUGGCUGAAGAUGGUGUGGAAUCUUCCGCAACAACGGGAGCAAAUAAACAAACAAGUGAAGAUGACACAAAGAUUCCAUAUUCGAAUCCUUCAGCACCUGCAGCAGAAAGCACUCAGCUGCCUAGGGAUACUGAUCUAUCACCUGGGCAGCCUUUGCAACCUGGAAUGUCAUCAUCUGGUGUUGGUGUUAUUGGCCGAAGAAGUGUAUCUGAUCUUGGUGCAAUUGGAGAUAACCUUACCGGAACUUCUGCUAGUUCAGGUCAUGAUCAGCUUUAUAAUAUGCAAAUGCUCGAAGCUGCAUUCCACAGGCUUCCACAGCCCAAGGACUCUGAGCGUGCUAAAACUUACAUUCCGCGGCACCCUGCAGUUACCCCUGCUAGUUACCCCCAAAUUCAGGCACCAAUUGUAUCACAUCCUACCUUUUGGGAAAGAAUUGGUAGCGACACAUUAGCUACUGACAUGCUGUUCUUUGCGUUCUACUACCAACAGAACACAUACCAACAAUACUUGGCUGCUAGAGAACUGAAGAAGCAAUCAUGGAGAUUUCACCGGAGGUACAAUACCUGGUUCCAGCGGCAUGUGGAGCCACAGGUCACGACUGAUGAGUAUGAGCGGGGAUCAUAUGUAUACUUUGAUUUCCAUGUCACCGAGGAUGGCUCAGGAUGGUGCCAAAGAAUCAAGAAUGACUUCACAUUUGAGUACAACUACCUGGAGGAUGAGCUAUCAGUACAAACAAACUAG